AUGCAGAAUAACAAAUCUGACGACAAACCGUCAAUAAGUAAAGCAAAAUCGUUUAUUCCUGGACCUAAGAAACCACCGAACGAUAUCGGAAAACGUAAAUCUUUCAUUGCCAACGAUGCGGUGAAGUCUUUAGACUUAGCUUUGGGACGAUUAAAGAAGAUGAAACUAGGGAAUGGGGAGUACCUUUGCGCAAGUUCACAUACGAGUCCAACAAGGCGAAGCACUGCGAAUUUUUAUAUUGACAGUCUCACCAAAGGUAACAUACCUAGCGAGGCGGAGACAGCUUCUAUGAUGUCCAUGAAUUUCUCCCACUACGAGUUAAUGCGUAAUCUUUCUCUAUCAAAUUGCAAUUCAGACACAUCAUUCAGCACUACAACGCUUAAUAAUGGAUCAGUUCUGGAUACAUCAAGAAAUGAGCAUUUAGAAAGGUAUUUCCGGAGUGCUGAAAUGUGGCGUCGAAACAAACGAGGCGGUCACGAUAAUUAA